UUUAGGAAGGGAUUUUUUUGCGACGCGUCUUUCCUCCGCAGAGCCGCUUCACACCCAAAAGAAACGAGGACAAAUAUUAUUGUUAAUAACUGCACUUUUCCUUUCGACGGGGACCUGCUCGGUUAACGGAUCAACAUGCCCCGGUCAUUCCUGGUGAAAAACAAGCGGUGCUCGUCCUAUAAUGUUCACCGAUCACAUGAAGACGAGCCUGAGGCCCCAACAUGUAAAGAAGACACAUCGGAGGUCCAGAGCACAGAAGACAGUCCUCAGUCUUCCCCUGCAGACCGCUGCUCCUUUAAAAAGGAGGAGGCCGAGCUUAAACCCUUACCUGCUCACCCAGAGCCAGCCAGACCCCCCGUGGCUCCCACACAGCCAUACUACCUAAAUGAGCCCCACAUGGAGGGAUUCACUCCUUACUUCAAGCCGUCGUACGGCUGGGAGCCGGUGCCGUCCUCCUACAAGCUCCGCCAGUUGAGCUUCAGCCCCACGGUGCUGCAGCACACCAGCGACCUGUACGGCACCCACAUCAGUCGCAGCCCACAGCCUCAGCAGCCUCUGGACUGCAGCACGCACUACUCCCCCACCUCAGACACCUACUACCACUGUAUCGCCUGCGAAAAGGUGUUCUCAACGCCCCACGGCCUGGAGGUUCACGUCCGGAGGUCGCACAGUGGAACCAGACCUUUCGGCUGCAGCAUUUGCAGGAAAACCUUCGGCCACGCCGUCAGUCUAGAGCAGCACAUGAACGUCCACUCUCAGGAAAAAAGCUUUGAGUGCAAGAUGUGCGGCAAAUCCUUCAAGCGCUCCUCCACUCUCUCCACGCACCUUCUCAUCCACUCGGACACGAGGCCUUACCCCUGCCAGUACUGCGGCAAGAGGUUCCACCAGAAGUCUGACAUGAAGAAACACACCUACAUUCACACCGGUGAAAAGCCCCACAAAUGCCAAGUGUGCGGCAAAGCGUUCAGUCAGAGCUCCAACCUGAUCACCCACAGCAGGAAACACACGGGCUUCAAACCGUUUGGAUGUGACAUUUGCUCCAAGGGCUUCCAGCGCAAGGUGGAUCUCCGCCGGCACCACGAGAGCCAGCACGGCAUUAAGUGAAGAAGAAGCACCGCAGCCUCAUGUGUACCAUACAUUUCUACUCAAACAAUGAGCUGGUAUUAAGUUCUGGUUGAAGGAGAUUUAAAAACAAAACAAAAAGUCACCUGUAUCAUGAAGAAAUUCUUAGUAUGUAUAUGUGUUAAUAUAUUGGAAGUGAUCUCUCAGAGAUGUGUUUACAUGUGGAUGAAUGCGCUAUUGUCAUUCAGAUUUAAAAUAUGCUUUUGGCUUUUGAUGACAAAAAGGCAGCAAGAACAUUAUUUUUGGAUUCCUAUAAUUUAUUUAAAGUGUGCUUAAUGCAACACCUUGUAUAUAAUACUUUCUGGAGUCCAUAUGUGCGAGUUGCUAAAUGCUUUCCGUUGAAAUAAAGUGUGAAAAGCAGGCACAUCGUUGGUUGUUCUUCUAGACUAAAGACAUGCAAAGUGAAAUGUAAAAUCAUUUGCACCUUCCAGGCAAAAAACACAUGCGCACCGUUUGUCUAAGAUGAGCACUGCAAACACACUUUAACUUCAACACUCGCCUCUUUUAUGUGUGUUUUUCCCAGCCACGCUCACGUCGGAGCAGGAUGUAUAACGACUAGCGACUGUGGCCUCGGGUGAAAAUCUCUUACGGGACCAGAGAUAGAGUGUAAUGGAGUAACGCUGCAUUCAAAUGACACGCCUGGAACACCAUGCAAAUCCCAGGCCAGGGAGCUAUUCGUUGUAUUCGGUUUGAGGCUCAGCAACUUCCUCGAGAAACAUAACUGGCUCUACAAUCUCAGUAAAAAAAAAAAAAGAAAAAUCACAAUUCCACAAGCUGUCAGAACUUUGGCCACACACCCUUGUAUACAUGGAAUGUAACUGCUUGGCCUUUACAGUGCAUUGAGUCCAAUGGGAUACAGGGAUUAAUACAAGGCUGGGGAAAAGGGAUUGAGCAGUUACCACACCCAGCCAGCCUUCUGGGUUAACAUCAACAAACAAGCGCCGGAUCUUAACGAAGACUCACCACCUUCCUCAAACACCAAACCUGUUAAGACAUUAAGCUGCUUGAGGCAAAUCACAUCAUCACCGGUGCCUUUUAAAUCUGACACCAACUGGAUGAACAGUUGUCAGAGUUUGCACAAAUGUUUUGAU